AUCAAGAUGGCGAGUGGUCCGCCUUACAAUGGUUACCAGGUGCCGCCUGGUCCGGGAGUGCCUAACCACGCUCCCCCACCACCAACGCAGCAGUACUCUCAAUCCCCUCACCUUCAACAAUACUCUUCACCUCCGCCUCAACAAUAUGUUCCUGGUCAGCAACCGAACUAUCAAUCGCCUCAUCCAGGCCACGCGCAACAGGCCUACCAAACUCCGCAGCCGCCUCCAGCACAAUAUGCACAAUCACCGCAAGGCGUGCCUCAGCAGUACGCAUCGGCUCAGCAGCACAACUACCAGUCUCCUCCUCCGCCAGGCCACUACCAAGUGAGUCAACCCGCGCAAUCACCUCAGGUUCAGCAUACCCAAUCGCCGCAAGGUCAAUAUCCUCAGCAGCAGAUUCCUGGCCAGCAGCCCAGCUACCAGACACCGACCUACGGUGUCGCAGCCCCGCCGACACCUGCGCAGCACCAGCAGCAGUACCAGCAACAGGCCGCUCAGUUCGCGACUCGACCCUCAGCUCAAGCCCAACUGCAAUCAACCGCUCAAUCCUUGUUUAAGUCUGGAAAAGGUAUCCUGGGAAAUCUCGCUAGCAACAUCAAGUCCAAGUACCCUGCUUCCUCACCUUCCGGCGCUCCGCCAAGUUCUGGCACCUCAUACACUGGGGAGGCACCGAAGCCAACGUACAACCCCGCGCAGCAUCCCACACAAACGCCUUUGAGCCCGACAAACUCAUUCCCGCAAGGAUAUGGCCAAACUCAGUCUCAGCAGGCAUAUGCCAAUCAGGCGCCUCCAACACCGCAGCAGAGCGUCCCGCCCGCUGCUCCAGGCUAUCCUCCGACUCAGCACCAUGCAGCACAAGCGACACCCUCAGGUCAGCCACCCAGUGCGCCUGGUCAACCAUCUCACUUGAGUUGGCAAGAGCGUUUAGAGGCUGCCCAGCACCCCAGUGUGGAGUUUCAGCAAUCGCACGCGAAUGUUCACGUAGGUGUACCAGGCACAGUAUCUCAGCCGCUGGUUCAAUCACCACCAGGUGCCUCGCCAUAUCCCCAGCUCGCAUUGCACCAUCAGCAGUCCAAUCCGUAUCAACCUACAUCUGCGCCGCCUGCCCAUCAACCUGUUCCACAAGGAGCGGGCUCUGCCGCCUCACCUGGGUACGGCCAGAACCCUCCUCAAGCGCUUUCGCCGCAUCAACAGCACCAGAGUGCUCCUCCUCAGCUUCAACAACAGACAUCAUGGCCACAACAGGGUGGCGUGAGUAAUUCAUUCAACCCGGCACUGUCAUCGCCCCCACCUCCGCCACAGACAGCUCCCCCGUCUGGUCCUCUCGUUGGUUCUCCCAGCCAUGGCUCUCCUGCUCUACAGCAACAGCCACAGUAUCACCAGCAAGCUGGUGCGACCAAUCCUCAAGAUCCAACAGCGACCCAGCAAGCUGGUCAAGCAUCGACGUAUCAGGCUGCCCCAGCUAGUGCCACGCACAACCCGCACCAGGUCCUCCCGCCCCAGCAGCUCUAUCAGAGUCCCCCUCCCCAAGGGUACCCGCAACAGCAGGCAACUGGUCCUUACAACCCAAUGGCCGCUUCAGGGAUGUCGCCGACCGCGCAUACAGUACCUGUCCCGCUAGCUCAGAGUGUUCCCAUGAGCCACCCACAAAGUCCUCCUGCAGCACAGUCACCGCACCAGCAACACCAAACUCCACCAGCGCAGCAGCUUGUCAGCCCGUCGGCAGCAACUCAGGCGCCUUUUCAGGGAGUUUCUGGACCCCAGGGGCAGUAUUAUACACCAAACCAGGCGCAAGUCCCUCAGACUGGAGGUGCGCCCGGUGGUGUCCAGCCGAUUGCUCCCCCAGGCCAGGCUCACAGCUACCCGCCUCCACCACCUCUGCAGCAACCGCAGCACGAUGUACACUCUGUCGCUGCCCCAGUACCAAGCCAUUCCCAACCGUACAGUCCACCGGUCAACCAGCAGGUUCCUCCGGCACAAUACAUGCAGCAUCCUGAAGUCGCAACUACCAGCCCUCCGACCUCCCAGCAUUAUACGUCACCUCCUAAUCUGCCGCCCACAGCUGGCACGAUCAAUCAUGGACAAGUGCCUGCAAAUCCCCCACCAACGGUACCAGGUCAGCAGUUCCAGCCAUACCAGCCUGCUCCCGAACUGCCAAACUCUCAGCUUCCACCGGCAAAUGCGAAUAAUGUACCCAACCAACCCGCUGCUUAUGGCUAUCAACAAGAUCCUGUCGCUUCUCUGUCUGCUCAAAUGAACAAUCUGAACGUCCUGAAUAGUGGUCACCCCCUAACAGUACCUAGUACUGGCUCGAUCGCACGACAGGAUGGGCCUCGGGGACCGCCUCCCUGCCAAGCUACUGGUAUGUCCAGCGACACUCUCCCAUACUGUCCCGAAGAUAGAACCGUGAGCUAUUCGCUUGAUUGGUAUCGUUUCAUUGCUGUGCCACAGUAUCUCAUUUGUACGAGGUGCUAUGCCGACUAUGUUCAGAGCACCCACCUCGCGGGCCACUUCGAGAGGUACCAUUCGCCCGAGGGCACAGAAUCCAAGUGCGGCUUCUGGUCUCCUCGCGCACGAGAGGUACUCUGGCCGCAGGCUCUUCAGACUAACGACGUCAGACCUCUACAGGCAUGGAUGGAGAAGAGCCUGACUCUCAAACCAUGCAAGGGUAGGGUCUGGACAACUGCUGCUGACGAGGUCAAGUGGUGGGGUAUGGUCAACAACGAGAUCGAUGGGUUCAUAUCGUGCGAUGCCUGCUACGAGGACCACGUCGUCGGCACCGCUUUCGAGUCUCGCUUCCAGCUUUACCGUCAGCAAGGUCAAGACGAAAAAUGGAUGUGUGAUUUGUGUAUACCUUACAUCGCCAAAACAGCAGUUAAGAUGGCAAAGCAGAAUCACUGGAACGGCUUCAUCGAAGCCGCAAAGGUGCGCGUUCAUCUUCCACUGUGCGAAGGCAGAGAUGAAGAGUCCAACAAUGGACAUUGGAUGUUACCGCGCCGCAAGAUCAAGGACAUGACCAUCUGCGAGGCAUGUUAUCUGGACAAACUUGCCUUAACGCCAUUCGGCAACGAGUUUGAACGUCACAUCCGUGCAGAAGGCUUUGACGCCUUCGUUGAGUCGAUUGGCCAGAGAUGGAAGUGCAAGCUCACCGAUACAGCUGUUAACAUGAGUAUUGCGCUCGAAGCAGCCAUCUAUCGCCGAGACUUCGACGUCUUCUGGAAUGCCGCCAAUGCCAUUUCUGGUCUCGUCCCAUGCACUAUUCAUGGCAUCGUACGUGGCAAUUGGUGGACAGUCGCUGGAGGGUGUGCCGACUUCGAUGUCUGCGAGGCUUGCUAUAAGGGAAUCGUCGAGACGUCUGGCCUCGAGAAAUUCUUCGAGCCUGUCCAGCGCGAUCAGACUGUCGACAUCAUUUGCAACUUUUGUCCAGGUACUCCCCGAUGGGGCAUGUUCAUCACCAAGUUCGCCGAAGCUCUUGACAAAGGUGUCUUCAGUCACUACUCUGACUACGUCAAGAAAUGGGCUGGAGUGCCGACCUGUCCAGGUAUCAAGAAUAGAGGCAAGAGUAAAUGGUGGGGACACCCAGAGGCUCUGGCCUGUCAAGACUGCUGGUUGAACUUUGUGGCCGAUACUCCCUUAGGAGAUUCCGUUCCUGUCAAGGACGUAUACGACGAGCGUACCUUAAUCUGCCAGCUAUGGUCUCCAAGAAUGCGCAACAUGUGGCUCGCAGCUUGUGCCGCCGGACCUCCUGGAUCGCCGGAGUCACAAAAAGCCCUGGAUGAGUUCAAAGCCUUUGGAGCAAGACGUGUUCAGGUGUACAACGCGACCGUACCUCACAUUGAGAUGAUACAGCAGAUGCAGAUGAUGAAGCAAAUGCAGGCUAUGCAACAGGGACAACUAAGCUUGAUGUAUCAGGGCAUGAAUGGCAUGGCAUCUAUUAGUGGCAAUACGGAUGGGUACUUGCAUGGUAAUAGUUCCGUUGGAUACUAUGAGACUGAACAUGGGGUCACGGCGGCGAACAUGAUGAAUAACAUGCAUGCUGGGAUGGCGGACGCGAAUAAGAUGAGUGAUUGGCAAACGAUAUUGCAGCUACAGGCCACUUGGAUGGAGGUUGAGUAAUCUAGUUCUUGAAAGUGGACAGCUUUAUCUCGAGAUAGGUUUACAUGAUCAUAAAAUCC